UGCUGUGUUGCUGAGUUGCUCUAAUCUUAUAGAUAUCCAUACUAAGUGCUCAGAAAGCAUUUGUAGGGUUCAAAUUGUACAAAAUAUACCUAUUUAAUUAUAAUGGCUACCUAUAUUGUUCUCCCAGACACAAUUUUAAACAUAAACCAAAUCAGGGAAGAAUUCUGGAAUUUACCAUUACUGAUUAAGGCAUUUACUAGUGUGCAUGAAUGUUUAGUGUGGUGUGCAAUGCGGCAGUUAAUUAGAAAUACAGUGCUGUGCAAUGUAUGUAACAUACACAAGACGCUAGUGAAACGUACUGGCCGUAUAGAUGAGUACAUGUGGAAAUGUAGACAAUGUAAGAUGUCUACAUCCGUUCGUGAUGGAUCAUUUUUUGCGAGAAGUCAUUUAGCUAUUUCCCAGAUUAUAAUAAUAAUAUAUGGAUUUGCAAAUGACUUCCCUCAGAAAAUAAUCUGCAGGGAAGCAUCACUGGCCGCCAGUUCUGUUACUGUUGUUGACUGGUGCAAUUUCUGCAGAGAAGUGUGCACCACAUACUUACAGCAACAUCCUGUGGAACUAGGAGGAUUCGAUGAGAAUGGAGAACCGCUCACUGUGGAAAUGGGCGAAUCCUAUUUUUUCCACAGGAAGUACCAUAGAGGUGCCUUCAGGAACGGACAGUGGGUAUUUGGUAUGGUAGAAAGGAACAGUGGAAAACUGUUUCUUACACCAGUACAGGCACGGAACGAAGAGACACUGUUGCCCAUUGUAUCAAGAACAAUUCUACCAGGGACUGUAAUUGUGACUGAUGGAUGGGGAGCCUAUAAAAAUAUUGGUCUCUUGGAUGGGGGUGUGUAUGAACACAGAACUGUUAUUCAUCAGCAUCAGAAUAACUUCGUCGACCCAGAUGAUAGCAGUGUUCAUACACAAACGAUAUUGAGUGUUUGGAACCGCGCUAAGAAGCUCUGUAGACAAUGUGGGACUUCCACAGAUUUGUUUCCAUCGUACCUCCAAGAAUUUAUGUGGAGGGAACGAAUAAGAAAUAAAGAGCCAUUUGUGGAAUUUUUGUUGUGCAUUGUAGAACAAUAUUUAGUUUAGUUAAAUUUAAAUUUAAUUUAAUUUAGUGUAUUCUUAGUCUUACUUCAUAGGUUAGUUUAUUCAUUUAACUAAGUUAGUUUCUUUUUAUUAUUACACUUGCGAGCAAAACAAUCGGGUCACUUGAUGAAUUUACACGUUAGAUGUAACGAAUUUUCUAAAUCUGUUGUCCAAAUUGAGUGAUUUUUUUAGUAUGUUAUAGCCUUAUUAUUUAAGAAAAUUGGUGUAAUAAUAUUGUUGCUAGACAGGUAAAUGUUAUUUUAUACUGGGUGUAACAAUCAUACUGUGUUUGGUCCUUAAAGUUCGGAACACCCUGUGGAAUAUUCUGGCAUAUAUAAAAUAUUUAAAUUAAAACUCAAUUGUAGUCGUAGGCUUUCUUAACAUUUGGUUUUUUGAUUCAUUCAUUUGUAUUCGAUAAGAACAGAGAUAUGUACUUUUAUAUUACAAAUGAGGUAUGCUAUUUUGGCCUUGAACAAUAUCAUUCCAUUUCCAAAUCGAGGGUUUAGUGUCAAAUAACGUUAUCUACAUUUUUUGUGAAAUUGAGAUAUAUCUAUAAUCGAGUUCACCGUUUUCGACUUCAUUUAGUAACAAAAACCUGUAUCUAUAUCUGCAGCAGAUUACAAAAUACAUUAAACGUUAACUACCAAUUGUGAAAAAAUUGUCCGUGUCAAAAACACCUAAGAGGUGAUAACGUUAUUUCACAGUGAAUUUCGUGAUACAUCAAAAACAGUUAUCGACUGUUAACGUUUAUUGACAGUAAUAUUUUAAGCUGUAAUUGUAGACAGCGUUAUUAUUAUAAUUCGUAUUUGUUUGAAAAACGUCAUUUUG